UGGGAGAUCAGGUCUUAUUUUGUUUGCGAAGGUUCGGUUGCGCCGGUUAGUUGAUCGCUCCUCCAGAUCAAACUGUCUGGUUCAUCUUUCAAAUUUUCUGUCAGAGCGUUUAAGUCGUUCGCGUUUUAAGGAAACGGAUUUGAAUUCAUAAACAGCUCGUAGCCGCUCACUUGAAAAAGAUCCUCUUAGUUAGUUUCUUCAGGAAACAAAAUCACAUGAUGAGUCUGUAAUCAUAUGACACUGAUGAGCCAUCGAAAGACGGAAUGAGUGAACAGAUCUGUGCGAAUCUCGGCUGCUUUUGGCCGGUUUUGAAGGCACAGCCAUGAAUUCAGCUCGAUAAGCAGGCGCUGUGAUUCUUCAAGGACAAAACAUGACACACUGGGGAGUCCGGGCUGUUGUGACCGCAGCUUGUCUGCUGGUAGUGGUGAGGAGCCAGACCACCCUCACUCCUGCUGUGACGGCCACCACAGUCAGUGUGAACGUGACCACCACCUCUCCCAUCAUGCUCAGCACCACUGCUCCUGGUUGCUCUGCUCUUAACACAUCCACCUGCAAAGCCUGUGCUCCAGGCUUUUACAACAACAAUGAGACUUUGCUGUGUUCAUGUUGUCCAGAGAAAGGGCUGUGCAUGUUUCCUGGGGCCUGUUUACCCUGCUUUCAGGGCUUCUAUCAGCCACUAGCAGGCCAGGAGACAUGUCUGCCCUGUACACCAGGCUUCUACACCAACAUCACAGGUAGCCCUGUGUGCCAAAUGUGCCCUCCUGGUUCCUACAAUAAUAACACUGGCUCCUUCUCAUGUAGGGCUUGCACAUCAGGUUUUUAUACAUCAGAGCAGAAUGCCACCUCUUGUAACCCAUGUCCAGUAGGUACAUACUGCAACUCCACUAGAUGCUCUCAAUGCAAAAUCUGUCCUGCUGGCUCUGAAGCCUUGCAGAUUGGUACUCAAGAGUGCACCCCCUGUCGCCCAGGUAUGCACAAGCCCUCCCAUCAAACAGUGUGUCAGAUCUGUGGCAGUGGUUUCUAUCAAAUCAACUGGGGCCAGGAGAACUGUGACAUCUGCCCUGAAAACCAUUACUGUCCUAGUCCAGAUGUGAAUCCAAUACAGUGCCCUGGUGAUGCAUUCUGCCCAGAGGGCAGCACUGCGCCAGGUUACUGCAUGGAGACAUUUUUCAGAAAGGUUGGAGACACGUGUGAGCUUGCUCCGGUCACCAUAGCUCUACUGGUCAUUGGAGGUGGAGUGGCUCUUCUGUUCAUCAUCCUCCUGGUUUUGCGGAGGAGGAGGGAUACAGACAGUGAACUGUCUCUCUCUCGUGCCCCCCUUUUACGGAAGGAUAGACCGCCAGCCCGUUUGUAUGGAGUCUCAUGUGAUGCAGAGCCUGUGUAUGCAGGAUGGUGACACGAGUGUCAUGUACACAAAAGCAACGCCAAAAUCUGUCACGCCAGUGCAAGCUCAAAUAUUGGACAGUUGGACUUCUUCUGAAAAUGGACAGAGAUGAAAAACAAGGGGCUGCAGUUCUCAGCUGUUCUUAGAUGUUCUUAGCUGCACAGGUUUUGUCUCUGAAUGUUCACUCAGACAAAUCAAACUUUCUUUUACUAUAAUGUGCUGUGCUGUCUGGUACUAAAACUUUGACUCAGUGAAAGUAACAGGUCUACUUGUAGAUGCAUUUUCUCUGUACAUGUAGUUUGUUUGGACCACAUCUCUAAUUAUGUCUGAAAUGUAAAUUUGACUUCUUGACUGUAAAUGCAAAUGAGUGGGAGACACUGUUACUUGGUACUUUGUUUUUGUGUUGUUUACAUAUUGCACUGGACUUUACAUUAGUGUUGUCAAGAUUUUGAUUAUGCGCUGGACUCUGUCUUUGUUGCCCAUAGAUUGUAUUUAUUCACUGGUGCCACUUGUUUUUUAUUACCUAUGUUAGGAAUUGUUUGUUCUGUAAGUGAGUUAUUCCUUGUAUUUAAUUUUUAAUUUUUAAGCACAUUUUAUGAAAGUUCAGGGGCAGGUGCUGGAAUAAAAGGCUUUGCACAAUUUUCUAAUAA